AUGGCGGCGCAGCGAGUGCUGCUUCUCUUCUGCUUCCUUCUGCCUGGGCCCUUGCUCUCAGAAGCUGCCAAAAUUCUGACUGCGUCCUUGCUGGGUGGAAGCCAUUAUCUACUGAUGCAUCAAGUGUCUUGGAUUCUUCAAGAUCAUGGUCAUAAUGUGACCCUCUUAAGAACGGAAGUAAUUUCUUUGAUUCCAGUCCUCUGGGGAAGGCAAACUGUCAAAUGCAGAAUACAUAUUGAUUUAAAAAUAAGGACUAUCAUCAAUAUUCAUGGGACUCUCUUCAAGACGAACAAAGCAAUUCCCUGGGGAAACAAGACAGUCAUUCAUAAAAAAGCAAACUUUGAUAACAUUUUACAAUUCAUGGGACAACUUGGGAUUCAGUGCAGUCAUUUGCUAAGAAGAAGGGAUAUCAUGGAUUCCUUAAAGAAUGAGAACUUUGACCUGUUAAUAGUGGAAAGUUUUGAUUGUUAUACUUUUCUGAUUGCUGAGAAGCUUGAGAAACCAUUUGUAUCCUUUCUUCCUGCUUCAUUUGGGUUUCAGGACUUAAGGCUACCCAGCCCCAUGUCCUAUGUUCCAGUAGUCUACUCCUUGCUAACUGACCGCAUGGACUUCUGGGGACAAAUGAAGAACCUUCUGAUGUUCUUUGAUUUUUCUAGGAAGCAAUGGCAAAUGUAUUCUCAGUAUGACAGCACCAUCAAGGAGCAUUUCCCAGAAGGCUCUAGACCAGUGUUUUCUCAUCUUGUACAGAAAGCAGAGUUAUGGUUUGUUAACUCUGACUUUGCUUUUGAAUUUGCUCAGCCCCUGCUUCCUUCUACUGUUUAUGUUGGAGGCUUAAUGGCCAAGCCUGUUAAACCAAUACCACAAGACCUUGAGAGCUUCAUAGCCAAGUUUGGAGAGUCUGAUUUUAUCUUUGUGUCCCUGGGCUUCAUGUUAAAUUUCUAUAAAAACCAAGAGCUUCUCAAGGAGAUGAACAAUGCCUUUGCUCAUCUUCCUCAAGGAGUAAUAUGGAAAUAUAAGUGUUCACAUUGGCCCAAAGAUGUGCAAUUGGCAGCAAAUGUGAAAAUUGUGGACUGGCUUCCUUAGAGUGACCUCCUGGCUCACCCCAGCAUCCAUCUUUUUGUCACCCAUGGCGGGCAGAAUAGCAUAAUGGAGGCCAUCCAACAUGGUGUGCCCAUGGUGGGGAUUCCACUCUUUGGAGACCAGCCUGAAAACUUAGUGCGAGUAGAAGCCAAAAACUUUGGUGUUGCUAUCCAGUUAAAGCAGCUCAAGGAAGAGACUUUUGCUCUUAAGAUGAAACAAGUCAUAGAAAACAAGAGGUACAAGUCUGCAGCCAUGGCCGCUAGUGUGAUCAGGCGCUCCUACCCUCUGAACCCCUCCCAGUGGCUGGUGGGCUGGAUUGACCACAUCCUCCAGACAUGUGGUGGAGCACACCUCAAGCCCUAUGCCUUCCAGCAGCUCUGGUAUGAGCAGUACCUGCUUGAUGUCUUCUUGUUCCUGCUGAUGGUCACUCUAGGUUCCAUAUGGCUCUGUGGCAGGCUGCUAUGCAUGGUGGCCAGGUGUCUGUGUGGAUCCAGGAAGGUGAAACAGAUGUGA